AACAGUUAUUUUCGCGGGAAAUACCCAGAGUUCCAUGCUUUUAGCAUAUGGCGAAAACGUAAACUUUUGACACAAUGUUCGAUAAACAAAUCCAAGUCAGUGAAAAGACGACGAAGCUGCGUCAAGGAAGAAAAUAUAUGCAUUUAUGAUUUAGGUAUAAUGAGCGCACGAACUAGUUUCAGACCAUGGGAAUAUCGUAAAAUUGACGAAGCUCUUCUGCAACUGGCACUCAAUUUUCCUAACUACGAUAAAAAAAGUGACACUGUGACUGUCACUGACAAAGUACGUCCUAUUUCCAGCAUGGCAGACAGUGAAGUAAAUGUUAAAAGAACGGUCUGCUCUUAUUGUCAAGAAAUGUUUGACAGCUAUAAACAAUUGAAAAAGCAUGAACAGCAGUGUGGUAAAGCAUCAAUUGUAGCUGCAUUCAGUUGUCCUGAUUGUAAAAAAUCUUUCUCACGAGCUGAUAACAUGAAGAGGCAUCAUAUAAUCAAACAUGGUGGUGAUUUACCAUCUCCAUCAUCAAGUAAAAUAUCCUCACUACAUGGACGUUCACUAUCUGCUGAUUCUUGGAAAUCUAAAACAAAAGUAUCUAGUCAAACAAAGGAGCCGGUGACUAAGAAGUCUAAAAAAGGAUCUGAAUCGGCAGUAAGCUGUACUAAAAGUUCAAUAAAGAAAGAAGAGAAAGUUGGUGGGACAAGCAAGAAACAAAGUGAAAGCAUGACUCAAAAGUCUGACAAGAAAAAUCCUUCUCCAAGAGCAAGAAGUUUAUCGCCUACAAAAUGUGCUAGUCAAAAGAGUAAAGAACAAUUGAAUAAGGGUGUAAAGGGGACAAACAAAAGUUUACCAGUUGACAAUAUUAAUUUGAAAAUUAAACUUGAACCUGGUAAAAGUGCAAAUAAAGUCCAGUUUAAUGAAAAGUGUAUUUUAACAUCAACUAAAAAAGUUCAUUCAAGAAGUCGAUCUUUAUCUGGGGGACGACCACAGCAAUUAGAUAAAUGUGAUGGUGACAAACAUGUUCGAUCAAGAAGUAAAACACCAACUACAGAAAAAAGUCAUCGAUCAAAAAGUGCUACCUCAAAAAAUGACACACCUUCUACUCCAAGAAAUGACAGUGCUAAUUCUCCAACAACAGAAAACAGUGCUUCAAAAAGAAAUAAAAUGACAUCGCACGCCAGUCCUACAAGUUAUAGUGCAAUAUCAAACUCAAAAAUAUCAGUUCAUGUGGACGAAGCUGGUGAUAGAAAAAUAUCUCCUGGCAAAAAAGAGACUGCUAAGCAAAAUAUCAUACCUCCAGUGAAGGCAUUGAUUACUAAAAAGACGGGGAAACAAGAUGUCAAAACAUCACCAGGCAAAAAAGAAACUGAAAAAAAAUCUUCUCAACAAAAUGAUGAUAUAACGUCUCCUAAAAAGAAAACUAUCAAACCAAUUGUUAAAGUAGAAGUAUCAACUCCUUCUGUACCAAAAAUGAUAUUCAGUUGUAAACUUUGUCCCAAGUCAUUUACAACCAGAAUGGGCUACAAACAGCAUUGCAAAAGAUCUCAUAAAAUUGAUGCAAAUCUAGAUGAUUCUAUGAAUGAGAAAGUAGAGAUAAAACCAAGUCCAGUUAUUAAACAAGAGUAUUCAGUAUCGAAGUCUGGCAGGAGAAGAAAAAUACCAAUACCAGGAGUAUGUACAGUUUGUGGAGGAGUUUCUACAGGGAAACAUUAUGGUGUGGAAAGUUGUCGUUCAUGCAAUGAUUUCUUUUAUAAGAAGAAUAAUAAGAAGAAUUACGGCAACAGUCUUCAGUGUUUUUUUGAUAAAAAAUGCAUUAUUUACAGAAACACGAGACAAACUUGCGAUUACUGUAGACUUCAAAAGUGUCUGGCAGUUGGCAUGUCAAACCAAGGACAUCUCAGAACUACUGCAGAGCCAGGGGUCGACUUCUUGAAGUGUGAUUUUUGUAGUAGAACAUUCAUUGGUCCUUACGCUAGCAACAGUAAAAACCGUCAUAACAGGCAAAUUCAUUCAGGCCUAAAACACAGAUUGAAGAAACGGAGCAAAAAAUAUUUUUUUCAAUGUAUGCUAUGUGGUGUAAGGUUUCUGUCUAAAGACCGCUUGUCCAAACAUAAUGAAAAGAAACAUUUUGGACAAGAUAGAGAUUAUGAAUGUAAUCUUUGUGGAAAACAGUACCUACUGCUACCUAGCUUACGCCAACAUUGCAUUUCAGUGCAUGAAGGUAAAAACUUAUCAGAUAACUGGACAAAAGUGGAAGAAAAGGAAAAAAAUGUACAGGAAGAACAACAUGCAACUACUAAUGUGAUGUUAUCUAAAAAUCCAAAGCAAUGUGAUGAUUUUCAAGAAAAAUGUAUGAAUACAAGAUUUUCUCUCAAGAAAAUUUUACCAAGAGAAAUGCCACAAAAAUGUGUUAAGAAAUCAGUACUAAAACUUAAGGCACAGAAGGGUAACGAUAAUGAACAUGAAAGCAUGGAGACAAAUGAAGAAGUUAUGUGUAAUAAUACAACAGGAUUAAUUUCAACAUCUACUACUGAAGCAUCAGCUCAUGGUCAAGUAAGAACUAAGAAACUGAAAUCUGUUCAGAAAGUUUUGUCAGUCAAAACAAAUACUAAGAAAGGCAUACUUCAAAGCAAAAAACGGAAAAAGGAUAAAUUAAAAAACUUACAAAAUCACAAGCAAUUGACAGUCAUGUCAAAAUAUGAGCUAAGAAAAAAACUGUUGUCCGAGGUUCAACUAAAAGGAGAAAGCAAGUCACCACCAAAGGACCCAUUGGAAGGCAUAACAGAAAUAUUGUCAGAAUCAUUAGACGGAAAAUCAAAAACACUGUCAGAAACAAAACUAGAACAUAAUGAGAGAACACCUCAGAAUAGUUUAAAGGAAAACUUCAUGUUAAAAGAUGUUAAAAUCCUGGUCAAGAAAUUUGUCCCGUUACCUCCUGUUACUGACAAAUCUGUAAGGCAAAAUACUACUGGUUCUGAUGAUUCUGAUGAAGGUGGGAAAAAAGGGGAAUUACCCAAAUUAAUAGGAACAAUUGAUAAAAUAUCUGAUAAUGCCUCCAACUUGAUAGAUAGCAACAAUGAUAAAAUAUCUGAUAAUGCCUCCAACUUGAUAGAUAGCAACAAUGAUAAAAUAUCUGAUAAUGCCUCCAACUUGAUAGAUAGCAACAAUGAUAAAAUAUCUGAUAAUGCCUCCAACUUGAUAGAUAGCAACAAUGAUAAAAUAUCUGAUAAUGCCUCCAACUUGAUAGAUAGCAACAAUGAUAAAAUAUCUGAUAAUGCAUCCAACUUGAUAGAUAGCAACAAUGAUAAAAUAGAUGAGGAAAAAAGGGAAACAACUCUUGGAAACAUGUCAUUGCUAUUGAGGGGAACACACAAGGACAGCCUUCAUGAAAGACUCUUGAUUCCAUUUCUUGAGAAAAGUCAGCAAGAAAGGAAAGAUAAUAAAUAUAAAGGUUUAAAGAUUACAUUACCCUCCUCGGGUGAAGGAGGUAGGAUUAUAAUAAAUGAAGAAAAUCUAGAAACGACAGAAUUAGAGAAAAGUCAAAAAGUCGUGAAAAAUCGGAAUGAUUUUGUGAAUUUUAAGAUAACUUUGCAAACUAGAAGUGAGUGUAGAACUGUAAUGAGUGCAAAUAAAUCUAGUGUUGGAAAUAAAUCUGAUGUAAAAGGUCUUGAUGGAAGUGAUAAAACUAAAGAAAACAAUAUCAUUCAAGAAAAAGGUCUGUUGGAUGCUGAUACUGAGAAUGAGACUGAAAACCAAAUUUGUCCAACUGAUCUAAAUGAAAAAGAGCCUGAAGCUAAAAGUACAGUAUGUACUGAACAACAUUUGAGUGAUAACUCUUCAAACUCUGCCACCUCAAAAAUUAAAACCAGCAAGCGAUCAAGAUUAGAGAGUCAUAUUAUGGAACCAUUAGGAACUAAACGGUCUGAAGUUGAACCUGUACAACUUUUAGGAAAAACUUGCAUUAGUAUAAAUUCCCCUAAGGCUUUACGUGAACAACAAGAACAGUCAAAAACUUCAAACAAUAAAAAUCUUGACAAUUUAAAAGCAGUUGGUAAAAAAUCAAAAAUUUCAAGAGUAUCUUUGACGAGAAGAUUUGAGCGAACACAUAUGCACCAAGACAUUGAUGAACAAACACACGAUAAUUCAGAUGUUGAUGAACAACAAGAACUAGAACAAAUCACUGUGUCACAGAAAGUUGACUUUCAGGAAGAUGCAAGACAACUGUACAAUAAAUCUAAGCGAAGGUCUCCAAAAAUUAUAUUAGAAAAACUUUCAAUAAAUGAAUCUGAACAAACUAUCAAUAUUAUUAACAUACCAAUGUUGAAAGAUCGGUAUACUAAAGUCUAUGAAACUGAGAGCAUGUGUGCCUCUGGUAGAAAUUUAGAUCCAUUAUUUGAUGUCAAGGCAAGUUGCAUGGAGGGAGAAAUCAGUGAGGAUGAAGAAUAUGAUGAAGAAAAGGCAGCAAUCCUAGCACAGCAGAUCGCUGACUUGAGGGAAAUAGUCCUUUCAAGAAGGAGUAGAAAGUUUGGUGGUACCAAAGAAGAGUGUACAAAGUCGCAAAAUGAAAAUAUGAUUCCUAUUGAAAAAACAGACAAAUCAAAAGAUUUAUCAAAAAAUGAAGCAGAACAAUUUGACGAAAUUGAUACCUCAACAAUGUUUGGUAAAAGAAAAGAUAUCUUAGAAACUGAAAAUAGGAAACAAGCAUCCAUUACAGAAUCUAAAUCAGAAAAGCACAAUGAGGACUGUGAAUUGACUGAAAAAAUAAGUAAUGAAGAAGGACAAAAUGUAUUUGAGGAAGGUGGUAGUGGUUUGAACUUGCAAUCAGAAAUUGACUCUGAUCAGCAUUUAGUGAGUAAGUCUAUUGGAGAAGAGAAAUCUAUAUGUCAAACAAAACUACACGAUGAGAUUUCUAAUACUAAGAGCUGUUUUGAUGUCAGGAAUUCAGUUGAUCUGUCUGCAAAUGAUUCAGUGAACAAAUUGAAAGAAGGAAGUGGUAAGGAGAAAAAGAAAAGAGGACGUCCAAGAAAAUAUGUUGACACUGACAGAGUAAGUGAAGACAAACUCACAAGUCCUGCAGUUGAGUCCUUAUCUCUGGAGAAAUAUGUAGAUAAGAAAGGAAAUCAAGGGAAAGGGGAAAUAGCUAAAACUGGUAUUCCAUUAAAAGUUAAAUGGACAAAGAACAAACAAAGUGAAGUGCAGAAAAAUGUUGAAAAACAAAAUCUACAAGAUAAUGUUAUUCAACAAGAAGAAAUGAAGGAGAGUGUUAUGCAAAAUCAAGAAAAAAAUGAUUUGAAAGUUGAAAUAGAACAAUCAUCUUCCUCAGAAAAUAAAGGACAAAAGAAUUCAGAUGAUCAGGUUGGUACUGAACACAAAGAACUCCACAAAUUAGGGAAGGAGACGCCAAGGUCAUAUGGAAGAGAUAACAUACUUGGUAGUGAAGAGAAAACAGACGAGGUUGAUAGUGCAAUAUCUGUAGAGGUUGUUUUACAGAGCAAGAAAAAAGGAAACAAAAGUGUAGAGAGGCCUCAGGUGUCCCUGGAUGAAGAGACCAAACUAAUAAGUUUGGAACAGGAUAAGAAUGAGGCAGACAUUGGUGAAGCCACGAGCCAGAUAGAUGAGGAAGAUAAUCAGCUGGAAGCUCCAUUAGAACCUGAUGAAAUAGAACUAUCUUGUCAACCACAACAUGCACAAGUAGAUGCAGUUGAUAUAUUUUCAAAACCAAACAAAAAAGGAAAAUCAAAGACAGCUAAAAGAGAAAAACGUCAUUUAAGAAAUCUACCAUCUCGUGAUAAGCAGAAGCAGCCAACAAUGUUAUCUAUGAGGAAAAGAAAUUUAAUUGUCAAUUCUAACUUAGAUUUAUUUCUGGAUGGCAAUCAGAACGUAAUGCCAACUUUUGGAACUCUUGAAAGCUUUCUUACUGAUGUCAAUGUAAAUGAAACACUACCAGCACAUUCUCCAGAAAUAAGCAAUAUUAGAAAAGCCAAUGCAGAGGCAUCCUUACAAAAGAUACGACAUCCUAGUGACAACACUGUAGUAUAUUGUGUGGAUCACAACAGUGAUAUCAGUGAACAUUCAACUGAGACUGUGGAACACCAAGAAAAUGAUGACAACAAAGAUCUAUGUACCAAUACUAAUUAUGUGGAAUUUGUGACACCUGUUGAAAACGACUUUAACGAGGACAUUGAAUCUGUUACUCAAAAGGAACAAGUGGUUAUUGAAGGUCAUGAGGCUCUGUCUCAAGGUGAAUGCACAGUUACAAAGGAUGAUGAAUCCCUUCAACGAGAAGAACAAUCGAUUUCUAAGAAUAAUGAAUUAAAUACUCAAGAUGAAUCAGUGGUUUCAACAGGUAAUAAUCUCAUUCCACAGGAAGAUCAUUUGAUUACAAAGGAUGAUGAGUUAAACCAGAAGUAUGAAUCUGAAAGACUUAGUGAAUCGACUGUUUUAACUAAAAAUUGUGAAUCUAGUUCACAAUUUGUAACUAAGGCAUCUGAUUGGGAUGAGUCUAAACUUAGUUUUAAAAUACUCAGAUUAAAUAAGAACCCAUUUUUCUCCGACAAAAAACUUGUUCCUGUAGAAACAGCUGAAGAGCAAAUAGAUAAUAAAGAUGAAGAGCUUUCUUCUGAAUUUCCCAAAAUUAUUCGUUACGUAAAUGAUAAAAUUGACUUAUCGGAGAAAAAAACUGACGUAUCAGAGAAAGAAAAUGGAUUUGUUACACCAUCACCUCUUAAGUGGGAUGACAUAUUUCCAGAUAUGUUGGCUUUGAUGAAGAAAAAUGGAAAUGGCUCAAAUGAUCUAAAUGCUUUCGAAGAUAUUGUAGUAAAUGAAAUAUCUGAGGAUUGUUUCGAGUUCGAUUAUGGCCUCAAAGAUAUUUCUUCAGAUUUUCUUGCAUUGAAACAGUGUUUAGGUGAAAGAAAUUGGAAGAAUUAUGUAUGUGAACUGUGUGAUGAAAUCUUUCACGGCCAAUUAAAAUUCUUAGAUCAUAAAGAAAAUGGGAAUUGUGCUGCUCACUUUCCCAAAGCUGAUACAUCUUACUCAAAACCACCAUUAAGUCAUUUGAUUACCGAUUCAGUAUUAGAUAAUGAUAUCGACCUUUCAAAACAAUUCGUAUGUGACCUCUGUGGUCUACGUUACAAAUUAAAGAAAAGUCUUGCUCGUCACAAGAAAACACGACAUGCAAAUGAAGAGGAAAGUCAUAAACCUGGGAGUGAAAAAAACAAGGUACACAAUUUUUCCUCAAAACAAAUUGUCAAUGUGAGCAAAUUGAAGAAAAAAAUCCAGGAUUUGAAUAAUACAAUCUCUAAAGAAAAGAACUUGAUUGAAAAAUUGGCCUCUGAUGACAUAUCGGAUGUUCAGAAUUCUUCAGUCACGGAAGGGGAAGAACCGUCAUCAUUUGUGACAAUUGAUAAUUGGGAAUUAAAUAAUUCUAGUUAUAUUGACAUGAUCCAAUACAUAGCAGAACCAGUUUCUGACUUGGAACCAGAUACAACAUUAGUACAAAGUGAUUUUAAUGAAUCAGUAGGUCAUGAACAAUUAACUGACAACAGCUAUCAAAAUGUUAACAAUUUUACGGAAGUUUAUCCAAGUGAAGAAGAGAAUGAGGAAAUUACAGGGAAUGUAGAAGAACAGAUGACACCAGAUCAAAAUCAGUAUGAAGAACACAUUGAGGUUGGUUCUCCUAGAAGGACACUACAGUUCACCAAUGAGGAACCAACAUCAAUGUCCCAUAUAAUGACUUUCAGUGAAAUGAAAAGACAAUUUCCAUAUACCUUUAAGGAAUUUGAUAUUUGUUUGGAGAGAAUUUUCAUAGAGGAUGAAAUUUUACAUGUGGGAAACUUAAUGCUUAAAAAAACGGGAAAGAAUCGAUGGAAAAUUUCAUGUGGAGAUUCUAUACUUCCUACUGCGGAAAGUGAAACUAACACUGAAAGUGAUGCUAAUACUCAAGUCAUUCAGACAAAUGAUUUUGAUGUCAAUUUUCCGACUUAUGAAAUAGAUUACCCAAUGGCAUACAGUAAAACAGAUGAUAAUGUAACUAACUUUAAUAGUCAAUUGGAUUACAACUCUGAUAAAAAUUUGAAAAAAGAGACUGUCCUGACAAAGCCUAGUCAGAUAAAAGAAAAGAAACCUCAAGUCAAAAGUCUACAAUCUAGUCCUAAGAAAAGUCUAAGUUUAACAGACUUUGAAAAAGCAAUUUCUAAACCAAAGGAAAUCUUAAUAAAGAAAAGAAAAUUAGAAAGAACACCCUCUAAAGAAGACUCUAAUAGUCGUGAUGGUAUAGAUUUUUUCAAGAGAGCAAGUGAACGUGGAAGUAUUUGUCAAAAUGAAAAUUAUUUCAUGACUUCAAAAAUAGCUCAGUCAAUUCUGAAAAAAAGGGCAAAAGAGUCUGAAGAAGAACGCUUGCCAAUCAAACCUUGUACAAUAGAGGACAUUGAACCAUUUGAAACUGUUCUAGCUUCAAAGGAUAAAAAGAAUAGUGGCAAGAAAAGUCCUGUGAAAAAGAAAAAGAAAUCUGAAAACAAAAAGGAAUCUGUGUGUGAGACAUCAGAUAUCCAUUUUGCCAGUGAUAUGAAUGAUGGUUCAGAUAUAGCGUCUGUGGCAAGGGAGGUAAUAGAUUCAGACACUUCUUUACAGGAUAUUUCAAGUAUGAGUUCAUUCACUGUAAAUGCAACAUCAACUCCCUUAGACGAUAAAGCAGCUUCAAAACUGAAACAGAAAAGUUUAUCAGAAAGAUUUGGUGCUUUCAACAACUCAAACCAAGACAAAAGUACUGGAUUGGAAACUUCUGAUUCAGCCGUUAAGAACUUUAAAAGUAUGAGCUCAGAACAAGUGAUGAAAUCAAUGUUUGGUAGUUGUCCAGUAAAAUUUGACAAAAAGUUCAGAAAACAGCCAGGACAUGAGCAUGAAAAAGACCAAAACAUGAGUAUUAAAUCCCCAUUAGAAUCGAUCAACAGGACUGUCAAUGUUAAAUUUGGUAACCGACCCGUUUCUGAUCUGAAACAAAGAGUGGUGAUAGCUGCUGAUGAAAAAACACCUGUAAGUAAAAAGAAACAUUUACUGAGCAUGUUGAGAGGAAUGGACUGUCCAUUACAUGGUGACAUUUCUUUGACCUCUCCCAAGGAUACUGGUGUAUUUUCUGAUAGUCAAUCAUAUAGAACUGUUAUAAUAGAUAAACGGAGAGAUAAUGACAAUUUACCAAGUCCUCAUCAAGGAUUAUUUAACGAUACUUCAUCUCUUGUAAAACCAAUACUAAAGAAAGACAACUCUGGAAUGGUGUCUUUAUCAACAGAAGUCUUGCAAAAAUCCAAAUUGUCUGAUGAUAUGUCAGUAAAAUCUAAUUUGUCAUCUCAUUCUAAAACAAACGAAAAAACAUUGUCAUCAAAUCUACCAAAAUCAAAAGUUUUAGAUGAUGUAUCAGCAAAAUCAGACAUAUCAGCAUGCUCCAAAAAAUCUGAGACAAGAAGUAUUUCAUUGUCACAUUCAUCAUCUAACAUGGCUAACAUCACAAUAAAACUCCAGCUGACAGAAAGUUCAGAGGUAGAGAAAAUGGAUGACAACAAGAUAUUGAGUGAGAAUAGAAGUCUAUUGUUGGAGGACAUGAAUAUACAAGAUGAUAAUGAAAGUGUUGCUUCUGAUAAUUCUAAAAGGGCAGGAGAAGGGUCAAUUUCUUCAAAAUAUUCAAACAGUACUGAUCAUUCUUUCAGGAGAAAGCGUCCAUCAAUUGAAUCAGAAAAUACACCAAGAAAAAGAACAAAACUUUCACGGUUACCUACUAAAGAGCCUCAGUUCAGAGCUGAAGAAGAAUCACCUUUUGAUGUUGCUAGUGAUUUUUUGGAAGAAUCACUACCAGAUCAGCUUCGCUUCAAAACAGCCGAUAGUAUAGAGGGAAUGGAAACAGAACAGGAUGGCAAUGGUAUGGAUUUAGGUACUGUAGAUGAACAGGAUUUCUUAGGUCUGUAUGGUGAAGGACAGAAUGAAAAUUUGAUGUCAACAUUGGAACCAGAGAAAAUAAUAUCUAAUGAAUGUCCAAAAAUCAUUCAAAAGACAGUUGUUGAUGAGAAUUUAGAUUUGAACACAGAAAUCAAUAAUGAUAGAGAAAAAGUAGACAGGCAUGAUGAGUUAGAAGGGGAUUUGUCCCCAAUGAAAGUCAAUAAAGAUAAAGAGAAUGAAGACCGACCUGACGAGUUGGAAGGGAAUUUGUCACCUAUUAGUUCAGUGAAUACUGGAGAUUUCGACACAGUCUUGAACAGUGAUGAUGAUGAUAGCAAAGAAACAAGGGAUUAUGAAAGAGGGGAACACAGAGAAAGCAAGAAUAAAAAUGAUAAGAGUGACAGUGAUAGUAAGAGCCAGAGUGAUGAAAGUGACAGUGAUAAAGACUGUGAAAGCAGUGAUAGUGAAGUCAGUUCUGAGGACAGUAAUGAUAGUGAAGAGGAAAAAUCAGAUGCAGAAGAAGAAGAAGAAGAUAUGUUUAGUACUAACACUCAGAAAGAUAGUGCUGGUUCUAUAAGAGAUUACAACGUAGAAGAUGAUGCUAUAUCUAUAAUUGAUUAUGAUUGUGAGACAGCCUCAUUCCUGAUUGCACCACAGGAGGAAGAGGAGGAAAGAAUGACAGAAGUAGAUCGAGAACUAAAUCAGACAGAAAAAUGUGACAGCCAGGAGAAGGAAGUGGCUCCGUCAACUGCUGCCACACAGAAGGCUCCUGAAGCAGACAAAAGUCCAGCAGAACGGGUACCCAAGAGUUUGGUGUACCCAUCAGGUUAUUGUUUUGUUUUCCUAGGAGGUGGUAUUUGUGUCAACAGGACGUGUCAGUUCAAACAUCAUGUACCGUUACCAAUUGACACUUACAAUGCUUGUGUAAAGGAAAUCUUUAAAGCAUACCAGAAUCAUGAUGCUAAAAGGGCUUUUGAUGUAUACCACUGUUUGAUAAAUACCAAAGUAGGCCUAACCCCUAGGGACACAUUGAUGAAAUUGUUGAAAGUAGCAGAAGAUAAUUACAAAGUGGAGUUAGCAUUUAGCUUGUUAGAUGAGAUGAAUUCACAGAACAUGAUUACAAAAGAAGUUUGUGAUGUCCUGUUUCGCCUAGUUGGAAAGAAAGUGGAGUAUUAUUGGGAGUAUUUAUGGAGGCUAUUUGACAUGAUUAAUAAGACACAGAGAGAUUUAUUAACACCAGAUUCUAUUGGUGUACUACUCAGGUCAUUUUCAAGUCAGGAAGAUUUGAGGUAUUUGUGGCAGGUUGUGAUCUAUGCCAAGUCAGCAAAUUUUCCAACAGCUGCUCACGAGUUGCAGUUCAUGUUACUACAUAGAUCAAUGCAGAAUAUUAAUAUGUAUUAUCAGUAUAUAGACAAAUGGGUACAGCUGUGUGAACCACACCUACUACAACAGUUGGAUGAAAAUUUGAGGAAAAGUUUAAUCCAUCUGUUCCAAGUACGAAGACAGCAAUGUUGCCUGAAGAAACUAGAGGAAUCUUUAAGAUAUGCAAAUUUCCAACAAAAAGUGGAUGACUCAUUUGAUACUUCAAGACUGAUAGAAGAGGGAGAAGUAGUAUUAAAAGACAGCAUCAAAACAACUGACAAUUAUAAAGCAUUAUAUCAUAAAAUACAGAGUUGUUACCACACAAAGAAUUGGACUUUAUUAGGAGAAACCUUUGUUGAACUGUGUCAGCAGGGAGAGUUGGAUAACUCCUACUACAUUGAUGCCUAUGGUGUGGUGUUCCUUACAAAUGUGAAAAACUCAGCUGUAUUGGUGGAAGCUUUCAAUAAAUUUAUGCUUCACUUAUUAAGACAAUACCAACAAGAAUCACAAGAUGAUGUUCUAGCCAAGUUUGAUGGACGGUCAAUAUCUUACAUUGGUAACCGACUGUUGUACUUUUGUGAAGACAAGAAAUGGUGGCUGGACGGACAUAAAAUAAUGAAAAUUCUUAUUCAAUAUUCUGUACCAUUUUAUCAGUAUUCAGAAUCCGGGAAACCAUUAUCUUGUAUAACAGCCAUUAAUAUUUGUCUGAAAGUAAAAGACCUUGGAACUGCAUAUAACAUACAUCUUCGUAAGUUUGAUUUGGAGUUCGGUUCUGAGAAAGAUUUUGGUUGGGAGGCACAGGCCAAGAUGGGUCUCCAACAGUUGAAGCAAGAAAUCUCCAUUUUACAUGAUCUGUUUGACCAGCUUUUGACUAGCACUAAACCAAGAGAAGCAUUAAAAGUGUUGGGCAGUUGUUUUGAUAUCAUUGAAAACAAUCCAGAGUUGAACGAACAUUUUGAUUUCAUAGAAGAUUUGAACAGACUAAUUAUAGGAGCUCUAGAAUGUGGAGAUUUUCAUGCUGGUUGCUGGACGUUUAAAGUUCAUUCCCAGGCCAAUGUAUCCCGAGAUCUAGACAGGAGGACAAUAAGGGCAUUAUUGACUGCAUGUGGGGAAAAUAAUUAUCUCGUAGAAGCUAAAGAACUUUACAAGAUUUGUAAGGCUAAAUCAGCAUACCCAAUACAAAGUAUUGAAACUCCACGAACAAUUCAUCUUACGUCUGUAAUGACCUACGUUGAAAUCAAAUUAGAAGUAGAGUCAUAUUUAGAGUGGGUUUAUCGUUAUCUAUGUGACAUUCAGAUGGAGGGUAAGGUUUUGGAGGUCAAACAUUUCUUUAUUCGUGUGCAAUUAGAGUGGAUUAGUGAUCCAGUGGCAUACAACAUGCCAUACCUGUGUCGUGUUCCAAGAACAGAAAUGGCUGCUAAUAACAUGGUAUUGAGCUUGUUCUUAGAAGAGUUUGGAAUGGGUGGAAGGAUAGAAUAUGAAAAUCAGAAGUACUAUAUCUACAUCUUAUGGGAUCAUGUGAAGAAAUGCCUCGAAACGUUAGAUGCACAGGGUAGGCGUCAAGGAUUUAGAAUGCGUGGAGCCUACAAUAGACCAGCCUUAAAAUGAUUGUAAUUAAAUUGAAUCAAGAUAUACCUAUGACUUGCAAGUACAUGAAUAAAUGGAAGCCCAAGAAAAGGACUCAAGAAACCCAAUAACAGGUAGUGAAAACCCAUUUGAAAUGUGAAAUGGUGUUCAGGUUACGAUUAGAAAAAAAAUUAUGUGAUCCUUGACCAUAUUGUUUGUUAUUUUUAUAUGUAAAUAUAUCAGUCAAACAGAGGAAACUGCCUAUAUAGAACAACAUAUUUUCUGAAAAUGUAUAAAAUUAACAUCAGAGAACAUGAUGUAAUUUUCAAUCUGCCUAGAACUUUCAUGGUAGCAAAGAUGCUAGAAUGCUAGAAAUAAAAGUGUUAAAGACAAAUAAUAAAAAUCAAAAUCCUUGUUAUUAUACAUGUGUGUUGCAUUUGUUUUGAGAGUUGAAAAGAUCAUGAUAAAUUUGUCUUAUUCAUGAAAACUCCCAAGACAUUAGGUGCUAUUUACUACAAAUAAUUGUUUAUGUGCUAAAUACUCAAAAUAUAAGUAAAUGUGCUGCUUCCUCAAAAUGUUAUUAAUAUGAACUUCCUGUUUCUAAAUGAAUUGUUUGGUAUGCCUGAAUAUAUGUGUUAUGUUUGAAAUGUUAAAAGUUAUAUUUGUGAUACAUGAUUAAAAAAAAAUGUGUUAUAAUUGUUCAAUUUUUUCUUUUUUGUUCAUUAAUUUUGCUUUAAAAUAUGUUUAAUAGAAUAUAUUAGUUUACUUAUAGUUACUUUAAAGAUGUAUUUAUCCAAAAAUUAAUUUUGCAUUUUAUAAAAAAAUCUGAUCUUCAUAAAACUUUGACCCUAAUCAAUUGGUCUAGGAUUUUUCAGACCAGAUAACUUAAAUAAAAUAGAGUCACCUUCCAGAGGUAGUUAAUCAAUAAUUCUACAAAAUUUGAUACCAGAAAACAUUAAUAAAAAUUGAAAGCUUAGAUUUUAUAAAUAGAAUAUAUCAAUGAAUAUAUCUUAAACAAAAUUUUACAAUAUAACAGUUUGCACAGAUUGGAAUGUUGGUACACUGAGGCUUCUACAUUUUGCACAGUUUGUGUCAAUAUAUUUUUUCUAAUAAAUAUGUUAAUUUGUUGAAGGGCAUUUCUAAAGGGAGAUAUACAUUUUCAUUGUCAAAGUGUAUAUCAAAUGGGAGAUAACUGUACAUCAAGUUACAAAAAUAUUCUUAUGUUUUUAUAAUCAUGCCAAAAAGGUACAUUCAAAUGCAGAUAGUAGUUAUCAAAUUAAAAUAGUAUCCUAAGAACUUUGAUUUAAUGCAUGUACUAUUCUAGUAAAGAUAUUCAAUAAUGUUUUGAAUUUUUUGCGAAAACUGAAACAUUCACAGAUUUGUGUUUUGAUUGGUAUUAAAUUGUUUAUUUUUCAGCUUGAUAUUCUAUUUUGGAAAUAGAAAUGAAAUCUGUAAAUUAUAGUGCUUUAUAAAAGGAUGAAGAUCUUAGUAUUUUGAAAUUUUGUAAGGAUUUAACAUGAUUACUUAUUAGUUUUAAAAAGCAACAAGUUGAGUUAUUUUACAUAUGUGUCUAUACCAUUGUUUUAUUAAGCUGUGUAGACUUUGAGCUGAAUUCAUUUUCAUUUUUCAAAAUACAAAUUCAUUUUAUCAAGGUAAUAUAAUCCAGUAUUUUGCUUAUGAUGAAACUGUGAUAAUGGUUUUCAUUUAGACUAUAAGGGUAAAUAUAAAACCAGCACUAUUUAAAGGAAAUACCUAGGGGGAUGUAAAUAUUGUGUUCGGUAUGUCUUAUUACCAUUGCAUUUGAUAUUAUUGUUUUGUUUUUAAGUUUUUUUAUUCGAUGUUUUUAUUUUAUCACUGCCAAGAUAUGGUAUCAUUACACAAGAUGUCUUAUUUUUCUUACACAGAUAUAUUCACAGUGCUAAUAGCAAUGUGUCAAAUGUUGUAUGGAUUUACAUAUACAUUUUUUAUAUGGUUGUUGUAUAACAAUCAUGGUUAGAUUUUUCUCUUCUGAGCAAAAAUGGCAUAUUAAAUGGUGUUUUAUAACUGAUAGUUUUCUACUUAAUCAGUAUUGUUAUUUAAGGCCAAUUAAUUGGAUACAUUGAACAAUUUUUAAGAAGUAUGUUGGAUGUGAUUAUAUAGAUAAAAUGGAAGGAUAGCUUGUUAUAAUGUUAAUAUCAAAAUUGAAAAGAAGGUAAACAAAAGAGAGAAAGGAAAGUUUAAUAGAAUUUUUUUCAAUUUUAUAGUACUAGUCAGCAUUAUUGUUUGUAAAUAUUAAAAGGUAUCAAGAUUUUCCAUUUUUGUUGUUGAAACCUUUCUGGGUUUUUUAUAUGGUGCUAAUUUCAAUGUCUGUGUAAGAUGCAAUGAUGGAUCAGUUGUAACAUUUUUUAUCUUUAUUUUCCAUUAAAAAAGCAUUUUAU